AUGCAGUACGGCGAUGGGCUCGUGGUGGUCGCGAUUUCCGCCUUCGCGGCGCUUCUCUGCGAGUUCAUCUCGUGGGUAUUGAUCUACCGCACCGCCAGCUAUCGCGCGUUGACGCAGAGCAUAGAGAAGACGAGUCGCCGCGUGGAAUCCAUGAAGGAGCGCCAAGCGGGAGCGGCGGCGGCGGCGGCGGGGAGGAAGAGCGCGUCGCGCAAGAUCGGGCGGUUCGAGCAGAGCCUUAAGGACUCGAACCAGGCGCUCAGCCGAGCCAAGUUCCAGAGCCGCCCAGAUCCCCCGCUUUGCCCCAUUCCCAAGUCAUUCUCGCUCUUUCCUCUCACACCCGCCUCGUCCUUUUUUCUCCCUCCUCCGUUUCCUCCCCUGCCGUCCUCCCACCUGCACUUCGCUCAGUCAGAGCAGUGCGGGCAGGCCCACUCUCGUCGCCCCUUGCUCUUCUCAGCUCUCCCUCCCCUCCCUCCCAUCUAG